AAGAAGCAGAAAUCUGACAAGUGCCAUAUAGGACAGAAGCACUAAAGCUUUAGAUGUGGACAAAUGUUGUGAAACAGACAGUGCAUUUAGAAUAAAUAUUUGAGUCACAAAGAAUUGUGGGGUUCAUGAAUUACCUGUUGAUUCUUGCAAAGAAGGCGGCCAUUUUUGUGACACCACAGUGAGUGUGUAGGAGUUGAUAGAGGUUUCACCAGCAAAUAGGGGUUUGGUGCCAGAAGAUGUGUUUUCUAGGAGCCAGUUGAAGGCUGAACUAGAAAAGGGCUCUCCCCGUCAGGGAAUCGAACCCUGGUCUUCCGCGUGACAGGCGGAGAUACUGUCCACUAUACUAACGAGGAACUGACACACUUGAACAAACAUGUCGAAGAUGGGUCACAGACGAGCUGGGAUGCACACUUUCUUUCCUCAAUGGAUGAAGUAGCAUGAAAACCCAAUUCAAAUGCAAUCUCUCACAAACAGACUGUUUAGUCCAUUUCAAAUAAGAAAUGACAUGUCAUCAUUUACCAACAAGCACUAUAAUCAGAAUGGUAUUUUGCACACAUUUUGUCUCUGUGGCGCAAUAGGCUACCGCGUUCGGCUGUUAACCGAAAGGUUGGUGGUUCAAGCCCACCCACAGGCGUUGAUUACUCCUGUUCUUCCUUCAAUGCUAGUCUCAUGUUUAAUUCUAUCUGGUUAGCUAAUUUACUCAGUACUUUCAUCCCUCAGCUCAUGUAACUUUCUUAACUUCAUAUUCAAAUCCAAAUAUUUCCCCAGACUCAUGAAAAUGCAAGAGUGGACACAAAGAGUGGGUGGGACAAGUGCUUUGGAACUUCAAAAGUACACAAAGCAUGGUCCUCUUCUGUGCUGCUGCAACACACAGCCUGUUAAUUUGGAUGGACGCUCAAGCUUUCCCUAGGGCUGUAGGCUGAAGAACGUCCUGGCGCUGCCAACAGACAUAGUUCCACUACAUUGCAACUACUGAGUAUCUUGGUUAUUCCACAAGCAAAACACCUCAGUAGACGCCCUGCUUGACAAUUCAGUUCAAAAAGAAAGGGCCUUUUUCUCAAUUCAAUCUUUGCCUUCUGAGCAAGCAAGCACUUGUUAGUUUCACACUUUCCAAAGCUGGUCCUGGAAGAUGUCAGGAUGGACGAGGAGUCCGACGCACUGCGCUAUAGUUGCAGUCUCGUACUGGCACGUGUUUGAAUGCAACUUCUGACAUUCAGCCAGCAGUCAUGCUUAUGCUCAGCUGUCCUCAACAAUGUAACAGUGCAUUAUAUUUACUGUCAAGCAACAUCACCAACAAACUUGGUUGAUGUCAAGUCAUUCAGACAAAACGGACCUGUUUCUCUUUGGAGACUGUUGUCGGAUGUGCUGGAAAUGACGGAAAGACUGAUCAAUCCUUUCUGAUUGCCUUAAUCAGAAAACUCUUUCUGAGGUUCUGUGUGGUUUGUUUUGUAUUUGUUUAUAAGAACUUCAAUUAUAUGGAAUUUUCAGUUUUAAAGUGAAUGGAAAAGGACAAGAUGGGAUUUCCUGGCGGUGAGAAUUGAUCUCAUCACCAAGGAAACAACUUCUUAGGUCUUUGUCAGACAAGUUACAAAUUGUAUUUGUCCUUAUUCCGGGAGGAUUAAGGGCUACCGGGCUGUCAUUGGAUGCUAUUGAAAGAGGUGUCAAGUCAUUGCAUUAGAACAAUCGGUCUGACGACUUAGCUGUAAUGCACAGUGGGCAUCUUGUUGAACUAACCAGAACCUAACCUGAAUUGUGAGAAAAAACAAUGUCAUGCCCUUCUUUGAAAGCUGUCUUUGAAAAGAAGCAGAAAUGUGACAAGUGCCAUAUAGGACAGAAGCACUAAAGCUUUAGAUGUGGACAAAUGUUGUGAAACAGACAGUGCAUUUAGAAUAAAUAUUUGAGUCACAAAGAAUUGUGGGGUUCAUGAAUUACCUGUUGAUUCUUGCAAAGAAGGCGGCCAUUUUUGUGACACCACAGUGAGUGUGUAGGAGUUGAUAGAGGUUUCACCAGCAAAUAGGGGUUUGGUGCCAGAAGAUGUGUUUUCUAGGAGCCAGUUGAAGGCUGAACUAGAAAAGGGCUCUCCCCGUCAGGGAAUCGAACCCUGGUCUUCCGCGUGACAGGCGGAGAUACUGUCCACUAUACUAACGAGGAACUGACACACUUGAACAAACAUGUCGAAGAUGGGUCACAGACGAGCUGGGAUGCACACUUUCUUUCCUCAAUGGAUGAAGUAGCAUGAAAACCCAAUUCAAAUGCAAUCUCUCACAAACAGACUGUUUAGUCCAUUUCAAAUAAGAAAUGACAUGUCAUCAUUUACCAACAAGCACUAUAAUCAGAAUGGUAUUUUGCACACAUUUUGUCUCUGUGGCGCAAUAGGCUACCGCGUUCGGCUGUUAACCGAAAGGUUGGUGGUUCAAGCCCACCCACAGGCGUUGAUUACUCCUGUCCUUCCUUCAAUACUAAUCUAAUGUUUACUUCUAUCUGGUUAGCUAAUUUACCCAGUACUUUUGUCCCUCAGCUCAUUGAACUUUCUUAACUUCAUAUUCAAAUCCAAACAUUUCCCCAGACUCAUGAAAAUGCAAGAGUGGACACAAAGAGUGGGUGGGACAAGUGCUUUGGAACCUCAAAAGUACACAAAGCAUGGGCCUCUUCUGUGCUCCUGCAACACACAGCCUGUUAAUUUGGAUGGACGCUCAAGCUUUCCCUAGGGCUGUAGGCUGAAGAACGUCCUGGCGCUGCCAACAGACAUAGUUCCACUACAUUGCAACUACUGAGUAUCUUGGUUACUCCACAAGCAGAACACCUCAGUAGACGCCCUGCUUGACAAUUCAGUUCAAAAAGAAAGGGCCUUUUUUCUCAAUUCAAUCUUUGCCUUCUGACCAAACAAGCACUUGUUAGUUUCACACUUUCCAAAGCUGGUCCUGGAAGAUGUCAGGAUGGACGAGGAGUCCGACGCACUGCGCUAUAGUUGCAGUCUCGUACUGGCACGUGUUUGAAUGCAACUUCUGACAUUCAGCCAGCAGUCAUGCUUAUGCUCAGCUGUCCUCAACAAUGUAACAGUGCAUUAUAUUUACUGUCAAGCAACAUCACCAACAAACUUGGUUGAUGUCAAGUCAUUCAGACAAAACGGACCUGUUUCUCUUUGGAGACUGUUGUCGGAUGUGCUGGAAAUGACGGAAAGACUGAUCCAUCCUUUCUGAUUGCCUUUAUCAGAAAACUCUUUCUGAGGUUCUGUGUGGUUUGUUUUGUAUUUGUUUAUAAGAACUUCAAUUAUAUGGAAUUUUCAGUUUUAAAGUGAAUGGAAAAGGACAAGAUGGGAUUUCCUGGCGGUGAGAAUUGAUCUCAUCACCAAGGAAACAACUUCUUAGGUCUUUGUCAGACAAGUUACAAAUUGUAUUUGUCCUUAUUCCGGGAGGAUUAAGGGCUACCUGGCUGUCAUUGGAUGCUAUUGAAAGAGGUGUCAAGUCAUUGCAUUAGAACAAUCGGUCUGACGACUUAGCUGUAAUGCACAGUGGGCAUCUUGUUGAACUUACCAAAACCUAACCUUAAUUGUGAGAAAAAACAAUGUCAUGCCCUUCUUUGAAAGCUGUCUUUGAAAAGAAGCAGAAAUCUGACAAGUGCCAUAUAGGACAGAAGCACUAAAGCUUUAGAUGUGGACAAAUGUUGUGAAACAGACAGUGCAUUUAGAAUAAAUAUUUGAGUCACAAAGAAUUGUGGGGUUCAUGAAUUACCUGUUGAUUCUUGCAAAGAAGGCGGCCAUUUUUGUGACACCACAGUGAGUGUGUAGGAGUUGAUAGAGGUUUCACCAGCAAAUAAGGGUUGGUGCAAGAUUAUGUGUUUUCUAGGAGCCAGUUGAAGGCUGAACUAGAAAAGGGCUCUCCCCGUCAGGGAAUCGAACCCUGGUCUUCCGCGUGAUAGGCGGAGAUACUGUCCACUAUACUAACGAGGAACUGACACACUUGAACAAACAUGUCGAAGAUGGGUCACAGACGAGCUGGGAUGCACACUUUCUUUCCUCAAUGGAUGAAGUGGCAUGAAAAACCAAUUCAAAUGCAAUCUCUCACAAACAGACUUUUUAGUCCAUUUCAAAUAAGAAAUGACAUGUCAUCAUUUACCAACAAGCACUGUAAUCAGAAUGGUAUUUUCCACACAUGUUGUCUCUGUGGUGCAAUAGGCUAGCGCGUUCGGCUGUUAACCGAAAGGUUGGUGGUUCAAGCCCACCCAGAGGCGUUGAUUACUCCUGUCCUUCCUUCAAUGCUAGUCUCAUGUUUAAUUCUAUCUGGUUAGCUAAUUUACUCAGUACUUUCAUCCCUCAGCUCAUGUAACUUUCUUAACUUCAUAUUCAAAUCCAAAUAUUUCCCCAGACUCAUGAAAAUGCAAGAGUGGACACAAAGAGUGGGUGGGACAAGUGCUUUGGAACUUCAAAAGUACACAAAGCAUGGUCCUCUUCUGUGCUGCUGCAACACACAGCCUGUUAAUUUGGAUGGACGCUCAAGCUUUCCCUAGGGCUGUAGGCUGAAGAACGUCCUGGCGCUGCCAACAGACAUAGUUCCACUACAUUGCAACUACUGAGUAUCUUGGUUAUUCCACAAGCAAAACACCUCAGUAGACGCCCUGCUUGACAAUUCAGUUCAAAAAGAAAGGGCCUUUUUCUCAAUUCAAUCUUUGCCUUCUGAGCAAGCAAGCACUUGUUAGUUUCACACUUUCCAAAGCUGGUCCUGGAAGAUGUCAGGAUGGACGAGGAGUCCGACGCACUGCGCUAUAGUUGCAGUCUCGUACUGGCACGUGUUUGAAUGCAACUUCUGACAUUCAGCCAGCAGUCAUGCUUAUGCUCAGCUGUCCUCAACAAUGUAACAGUGCAUUAUAUUUACUGUCAAGCAACAUCACCAACAAACUUGGUUGAUGUCAAGUCAUUCAGACAAAACGGACCUGUUUCUCUUUGGAGACUGUUGUCGGAUGUGCUGGAAAUGACGGAAAGACUGAUCAAUCCUUUCUGAUUGCCUUAAUCAGAAAACUCUUUCUGAGGUUCUGUGUGGUUUGUUUUGUAUUUGUUUAUAAGAACUUCAAUUAUAUGGAAUUUUCAGUUUUAAAGUGAAUGGAAAAGGACAAGAUGGGAUUUCCUGGCGGUGAGAAUUGAUCUCAUCACCAAGGAAACAACUUCUUAGGUCUUUGUCAGACAAGUUACAAAUUGUAUUUGUCCUUAUUCCGGGAGGAUUAAGGGCUACCGGGCUGUCAUUGGAUGCUAUUGAAAGAGGUGUCAAGUCAUUGCAUUAGAACAAUCGGUCUGACGACUUAGCUGUAAUGCACAGUGGGCAUCUUGUUGAACUAACCAGAACCUAACCUGAAUUGUGAGAAAAAACAAUGUCAUGCCCUUCUUUGAAAGCUGUCUUUGAAAAGAAGCAGAAAUGUGACAAGUGCCAUAUAGGACAGAAGCACUAAAGCUUUAGAUGUGGACAAAUGUUGUGAAACAGACAGUGCAUUUAGAAUAAAUAUUUGAGUCACAAAGAAUUGUGGGGUUCAUGAAUUACCUGUUGAUUCUUGCAAAGAAGGCGGCCAUUUUUGUGACACCACAGUGAGUGUGUAGGAGUUGAUAGAGGUUUCACCAGCAAAUAGGGGUUGGUGCAAGAUAAUGUGUUUUCUAGGAGCCAGUUGAAGGCUGAACUAGAAAAGGGCUCUCCCCGUCAGGGAAUCGAACCCUGGUCUUCCGCGCGGGAGCCGAAAAUGGUUAAGCUUAACUCUCUUAACUUUUCUCAUUCAUUCUCUAUGGUAGUUCUUAACACUACGGAUGUAAUAUACUUUUUCACCACUAGCGAGAUUUUGGGGGCGCUGUUUCCACAUCGUCUUAGUAGUAAGGUUUUCACAGGAAGAGCCUUUAGGAAGACAAAACAACAAUAAUCCUGCGGCCAGAUUUGAUCCGAUCGCUGUUAAAACACAAGAGCACAACAAGUUAAAGUCAAGUUAAAGUCUGAUAUCUCCAGAAUGAAGAGGAAAUUAAUUUUUCCUGGAAAAAUCUGCGUGAGCUUCAGACGAGGCCCAACUGGGUUUCUCAGGCAGGACCCUUCAGAUGAAGCCAAGAGGAUCAAAAAUAAUCCUGAGCUCCAGGACAAGUCUGCUCCCCAGAGAGAGGAAAAAGUGAAGGAAAACGCCCUGUCAAAAGUCUUCAUUAGGGGUGGAGAUACAUCUGACAGGCAGGAGGUGUUGGGGGAGUAUGUUCUUCAAUUUGGCAAAUACAAGGGGAAGUCCUUUCGGUGGCUGCUAGAAAAUGAUAUUGGCUACACCAUUUAUUUAAUUAACAAGGUUGAGGAAGAGGAGAGAGCUGGACUCUUUAAUGCCGAGGGACCAAAGAAGGAGAGUCUCUUUUCAUUUCUGGAUUAUACCCGACACUUUCACGAAAUCAGAGAUCUGAGAAACUAUUUAGCUGAAAGAUCAGUGGAGCCACCUUCAAGUAGUGAGGACAACCAGCUGGUUGGAUUUGGUGUGCAUUCUAAGAAGACCUGGAAGGAUGUCUGGGAGAAAAGAGAAGAUGGAUAUGCAUCAUUUAUCCUCAGGAAACAGUGUGUUUCAGGCAGCAAAAUGUUCCUGCUCCAGCAGUACCUGAAGAAGAAAGAGGCUCAGACUCAGAGCUCUUCAGAACCUGCUCUUACUAAACCUUCUUCUAGUCCUCCAGUAUCUUCGUUAGAGAUGGAAGAUGAUGAAGAGUUGGAGAGAAUGAUGCUUUCUGUCUCUCCAUCCAAACUCCUCCCUUUACAAGAGCAGAGACAUUUAGUGAAGAAGAUGACAGGCCCAACAUGUUUAGAAACAAUCCCAACCCAACCAAGUGAGCAGCACCAACGUGCACACAUCAUGCAUCACGUGUUGAUUAUGUUUCUGUAUGUGGAGUAGUAGUACUGGUAGUUGAAAAACUGAUAUUAGACU